CAUUUCCAAGUCCUUCCUCCUCUCCACUUUGUUGAAAUCUGAAACUUGAAACCAUUUAUCCUUUCAACUCUCUCUGUGGUCUCUUCUUUUUCUUAUCCUCCACCUUCUUCUCUGAAAUGGCUCUUCGUUUCCUUCCUUCCUUACUUUCCUUCCUCCUCGCUGUUCUAGUUUCUCCAGCUCUCUCCACGAACUCUGAAGGAAAUGCUCUCCAUGCUUUGAGAGCCAGACUUUCCGAUCCCACCAAUGUUUUGCAGAGCUGGGACCCUACCCUUGUCAAUCCAUGUACCUGGUUUCAUGUCACAUGUGACUCCGACAACCAUGUCAUCCGACUGGAUCUUGGAAAUUCUAAUAUUUCUGGUACUUUGGGGCCGGAGCUCGGCGAUCUUCAGCAUCUACAAUACUUGGAGCUUUAUAUGAAUAAUAUCGAAGGGAAAAUUCCUGAGGGGCUGGGUAAUUUGAAGAACCUUGUUAGCAUGGAUUUGUACAACAAUAAGUUCGAAGGAGAGAUUCCCAAGUCUUUUGCUAAGUUGAAGUCACUUAGAUUCCUUCGUUUUAACAACAACAAGCUGACAGGAUCAAUUCCAAGAGAGCUUACUACCCUUUCCAACCUAAAAGUCUUUGAUGUUUCUAACAAUGAUAUCUGCGGAACUAUUCCAAUUGAUGGCCCUUUUGGGAGUUUCCCUAUAGAAAGUUUUGAAAACAACCCCCGACUCAAUGGACCGGAGCUGCAAGGACUGGUUUCUUACGAUUUUGGGUGCUGAAAAUUUCUGUUAUUCCACGAUCCUUCAUGACAGGGUUAUAUAUAUAUAUAUAUCUACUAGACAAAGCUCCAAGGCUUUGUUAGAUUAUAUGUCAAGCAAAUAGAAGAUAAUUAAGAGAGCUCAGGAAAAGGAAAAAUAAGAAUAGGUCUGCUGUGUCCAGUAGUAACAUUCCGGUUGCAGCAAAAUGUUGUACCAACAAUUUAAUUUACAGGUUUGUAACUGUUUAUCAGUUCAUCUGGUGGCUUGAUUCUUUAGACUCCA